GGAGCUGCAGCCGGGAGCGUGCGGCACGCGCUGCCGGCUGCCCCGAGCGCCGUCACCGGCGCCGCCGCACCUCGACCCCCGCCCCGCAGAGCCGCGCGCGCGCAUCUAUCCGUAUUCCUCGGUUGCUUAUUACGAUUUUUCUUUCUUUCUUUCUUUCUUUUUUUUUGCACGCAACCUUUUUCUGUUCCGUUUUGUCCUUUUUAAGGCGGGGGCGGCGGCAGCGUAAGCUCGGGGCGGGGAGGGGGCGGCCGGAGGAUGCGGCGCGGGGCUGCGCUCGCUACGUCCGCAGCUGCUGCCCGGCUCGGGCCUGAGCGCCGAGCAGGAUGCACCAGCUCUGAGGUUGUGGCACCUAUGACGGGACACUGGGGCCUCAGACCCUGGCUGGGGGCAGCUUACUCUGGCCUUCCCUGAGCUGACACGGCUCCCACACGGUGCUGUGGCCUCCAUCCACUCCCCGGGAAUGCUGGCUCGGGAGAACACAGCUGGGACCCAGCCACACACAGGGUCCCAAGUGAUGGUGGUUUACACGGAGGACGAGCUGAGCCCUGCACGACUGGUUAGUACGGUGGAGUUUGCAGCGGCGUCUGCCGGCUGGUGGGUGUGAACCUCGGGCUUUCAGCGUCUCAACCCGACAGGAAGCAUGUCUAAGAAGAGCCGGAACAAGGGCGAGAAGCCCGACACGGAGGCUGAUGCCGUGCAAAUGGCCAACGAGGAGCUGCGGGCCAAGCUGACGAGCAUUCAGAUCGAGUUCCAGCAGGAAAAGAGCAAGGUGGGCAAACUGCGCGAGCGGCUGCAGGAGGCCAAGCUGGAGCGCGAGCAGGAGCAGCGGCGGCACACGGCCUACAUCUCGGAGCUCAGGGCCAAGCUGCAUGAGGAGAAGACCAAGGAGCUGCAGGCGCUGCGCGAGGUGCUCAUCAGGCAGCACGAGCAGGAGGCCGCACGUACAGCCAAGAUCAAGGAAGGCGAGCUGCAGCGGCUGCAGGCCACACUCAAUGUACUGCGGGAUGGUGCGGCCGACAAGGUCAAGACGGCGUUGCUGGCCGAGGCGCGAGAGGAGGCGCGCAGGACCUUUGACGGCGAGCGCCUACGGCUGCAGCAGGAAAUCCUGGAGCUCAAGGCCGCGCGCAAGCAGGCAGAGGAGGCGCUCAGCAACUGUAUGCAGGCGGACAAGACAAAGGCGGCGGACCUGCGCGCUGCCUAUCAGGCGCACCAGGACGAGGUUCACCGCAUUAAACGAGAAUGCGAACGUGACAUCCGCAGGCUGAUGGACGAGAUCAGAGGGAAGGAUCGUGUUAUUCUGGCCUUGGAGAAGGAACUUGGGGUUCAGACGGGUCAGACUCAGAAGCUGCUUCUUCAAAAGGAGGCUUUGGAUGAGCAGUUGGUUCAGGUCAAAGAGGCAGAACGGUACCACAGUAGCCCCAAGAGAGAGCUCCCGCCUGGGAUAGGGGACAUGGCAGAGCUCAUGGGCGUCCAGGAUCAACAUAUGGAUGAGCGAGACGUGCGGCGAUUCCAGCUAAAAAUUGCUGAGCUGAACUCGGUGAUACGGAAGCUGGAGGACAGAAAUACCCUCCUGGCAGACGAAAGGAACGAACUGCUGAAACGCUCCCGGGAGACCGAGGUCCAGCUGAAGCCCCUUGUGGAGAAGAACAAGCGAAUGAACAAGAAGAAUGAGGAUUUGCUGCAGAGCAUCCAGAGGAUGGAGGAAAAAAUCAAGAACCUCACAAGGGAGAAUGUGGAAAUGAAAGAAAAGCUGUCCGCCCAGGCGUCUCUGAAGCGACACACUUCCUUGAACGACCUCAGCCUGACCAGGGACGAGCAGGAGAUCGAGUUCCUGCGGCUGCAGGUGUUGGAGCAGCAACACGUCAUCGACGACCUCUCACUGGAGAGGGAACGGCUCUUGCGCUCCAAAAGACAUCGUGGGAAAAGUCUGAAGCCCCCCAAGAAGCAUGUUGUGGAGACGUUUUUUGGAUUUGAUGAGGAGUCCGUGGACUCGGAAACAUUGUCAGAAACAUCCUGCAACACAGACAGGACAGACAGGGCCCCGGCCACACCAGAGGAAGACUUGGACGAUACGACGACCAGGGAGGAGGCUGAUCUGAGGUUCUGCCAACUGACCAGGGAGUACCAGGCCCUGCAGCGGGCCUACGCCCUACUUCAGGAGCAGGUCGGGGGGACGCUGGAUGCAGAGAGAGAGGCCCGGACUCGGGAACAGCUCCAAGCUGACUUGCUGAGGUGUCAGGCCAAAAUUGAAGACUUGGAGAAGUUACUGGUUGAAAAGGGACAGGAUUCCAAGUGGGUGGAAGAGAAGCAGCUGCUCAUCAGAACAAACCAAGACUUGCUGGAAAAGAUUUACAGGCUGGAAAUGGAAGAGAGUCAGCUGAAGAACGAAAUGCAAGACGCGAAGGACCAGAACGAGCUACUAGAGUUCCGAGUGCUGGAGCUCGAAGAAAGAGAGCGGAGGUCGCCAGCAUUUAACCUCCAAAUCAGCACCUUCCCCGAGAACAACAGCAGCGCCCUCCAGCUGUUCUGUCACCAGGAAGGAGUUAAGGAUGUGAAUGUUUCUGAACUUAUGAAGAAGCUAGAUAUCCUUGGCGAUAAUGGGAAUUUGAGAAACGAAGAACAGGUUGCAAUAAUCCAAGCUGGAACUGUGCUUGCCCUGUGUGAAAAGUGGCUGAAGCAAAUAGAGGGAACUGAGGCAGCCCUGACCCAGAAGAUGCUGGACCUGGAGAGGGAAAAGGACCUAUUCAGCAGGCAGAAGGGCUACCUAGAGGAGGAACUGGACUACAGGAAGGAAGCCCUCGACCAGGCGUACCUGAAAAUCCAGGAGCUGGAGGCCACGCUGUACAACGCGCUGCAGCAGGAGCCGGGGCGGAGGGCCAGCGAGGCGCUGAGCGAGGGCCAGCGGGAGGACCUGCAGGCCGCCGUGGAGAAGGUGCGCCGGCAGAUCCUGAGACAGAGCCGCGAGUCCGACAGCCAGGUCCUGCGGGAGCGCAUGGAGCUGCUGCAGCAGGCCCAGCAGAGAAUCCGAGAACUGGAGGCUAAGCUGGAGACCCAGAAGAGACAUCUGAAGGAGUUGGAGGAAAAGCAUUCAUUCUGUGGCCUUGAUGACUUCAGUGAGCAAAGAACUCGGGAUAGAAAAAUUGCUUAUGGAAUAUGUUGAGUCCCCAUGGCAACCCCAGCCCCACUCAAAGCAAAAUUCAACAGCAAAACAAGCAACUUCAAGCCAGAGACUGAACACAGAAUCCACGAGUACUCGAUGAGGAGGCCUUUUGGCUCCAUGGCUGGGCCCCGGCUGGGCUGAGCUGCAGGAACCCCGAAGACGAUGGGGAUUUUGUCAAGCUCGGGGCUUCAUCCGAGUCCCUACUCUGGCACGUUCUAAGCCUGAGGGGCAGAGACCUGAAUACCAGGAAACUAAGUGCAAUUACUAGAACUGAGUCACUGGAGGGCCACUGCACUGUCAGGGGCUGGGCCAGAGUCCUUGUCCCUGCUCUGCAUGCCCCCUGCCCCCCAGCCAUGGGGGCAUGUCCAGCUGGACAUAGACCUAUGUACAUAUAUCUCCAUGAACUGUGCUCUGUGUACCCUGGAAUCUGUCAGCCAGAGUGACUUGCAAAUGUCCCUGUGAUUCGAACCCAAGUUCAAACC